AUAACAAUUACAAUUAUAGGUUUCAUAAUUGGAGGAUUUGGAAAUUUUUUAGUUCCAUUAAUAUUAGGAUCACCAGAUAUAGCAUUUCCACGAAUAAAUAAUAUUAGGUUUUUGAUUAUUACCUAUUAUUAUUUUUUCCUAAUUCAGGAACUGGAUGAACUGUAUAUCUUCUUUUAUCAUUAUAUUUAUAUCAUUCUUCUCCGAGGAGGAGAUCCAAUUUUAUAUCAACAUUAAUUUUGAUUUUUUGGACAUCCAGAAGUUUAUAUUUCAAUUUUACCAGGACUUUAAUUUCUCGAAUUAUAUUAUAAAUGAAAGAGGAAAGAAAGAAAUUUUUGGAAACUUAAGAAUAAUUUAUGCAAUAUUAGGGAUUAGAUUAUUAGCACGUUAUACAUUUACUAUUGGAUUAGAUAUUGAUACACGAGCUUGUUUUACAUCAGCAACAAUAAUUAUUGCAAUUCCUACUGGAAUUAAAAUAUUUAAA